AUGCAGAAGAUGGAGUCGGAGCAACUGGAGAGGCUGCGUCAUGCAAACCAAGACCUUCUGGAAAGGCUCAAGGUGAAGCAGGAAGAAAUCAAGAAAAGACUUCCUCGCAAGCCACUAUCUUCAUCCUCUCUUUCCAGAAGAACAACUCCUGCAGAGAGAGCUGUCCCUGUUCCUAAGAGAGGGAAGGAGAACCAAGUCCGUGCGACGAAGGGCACAACGGACCCCGUGACGCUAGUGUCUGUGGAACCCGGAGCCAGCGCAGCCAGGGCAGCCCUUCAUUCGCCAUUGAAACCCGCAGCGUGCGGCGGGGAGGGGAGGGGUGUGCUGCACCGCAGAGCGGGGGUGCAUCCGGGUUCCCCCAGGGCAGAACGAAGCUUCACGCCGGCAGCAUCCAUCACCAGAGAAACCUCCAGAGUGGCCAGAGACGGCAAUGCCCUGAGAAACCCAGGGGAAGAAUCCACCCCUGUGAAACACAGAGAGAGCAGAAAGCAAUCCACCAUGCUCCGUGGCGCCCUGGAGAGGGGCAGGCCAAGGGCUGAGGCAGAGACGGUGCUGGGCACGACCCCAGCGGAAGGGAAUGGCCGGCAGCGAACGGCCAUUAGAGACUCCAGGACUCCCAAAUCAAUCCUCCUGACACCUGGGGGUAAAGAAGUCAAGAAGGAAGCGGGCCGAGUGACUUUUCUGUCGGACCCUGAGGAAUACACCAUCCCCGCUGAUAGCUGGUCAGCACGUCCUUUCUUGGGCUACGACUGGAUUGCAGGGCUGCUGGAGACGGACUCGUCGUUGUCCGAGAAAUCUGAGCAGUACUUCUCUGAGCUCAGGGAGUUCCGGCAGGUGAACAAGGAAGCGUGUGUCCAUGAGGAAGACCUGGGGCCAGAGGCACCGGAUUACUUGGCUCCUGAACAAGAAGCAGAUUUGGUUUCCAGUUCCCAUCAGUGUGUUUAUUGCUAUCGAUUAAACAGGCGCCUGUUUACAGUCCCUGUGGAUUCCCAGUCUGCCUGCCCCAUGUGUAAGACCCCGAGAGCCCGGCGGCCUCCGGAGACGCUGGAGGAACCAGCCUACGUCAGGGUCAGCAUUCCCAGGUCCACCCUCCUGCCUGCCUAUAAGUACAAAAUCCAUCGCAGGAAGAGCUUUGAACCAGCAGACGAUCUGGCUUUACCCUCGCACUGCCUGGCCGGUUGGGAGAACGUCGUCCCCUCCAGCAGCCCCACGCUUAGCAGUUUGGAUCUGCGAACUUCACUGCAACAAAAACCCACUGACCGUUCUCACCUGACCUUGGUGUCCCGAAUGUCCGGAGGAACCAGAACGGACCAGCUCCUAAACGUGUCCCGCUCAGCUCAUUUCAGACUUAGUAAUGCUUCUCAGCAGAGAGCUCCAGACAAGCCACUAUGCUACAGAGCAACUCCUAAUUAA